AACGGGAUGAUGCAGGCAGGCAGAACAGUUGUACCGCUUUAAGUGUGAAGAUGAUGUACCAGUCCUCAAGUGAAGAUGAAUCAGAAAAUGAAACGAAUGAAGAUGAGAUCACAGACGUUCUUAAUCCCCAAAACAACAGUGCAGAGCAGCAGAGUCUGUCUACUAGCGGACAGAGUGGGGAUAACUUGCCAAGUCUCUUGCCUCAUGGCCGGUCCAACAGUAUUCGGCCGUCAAGUCCCAGUCCGUCCCUUCAUAGCGACAGAACAGAAAAGGGGACUGAUGACACGGAAAAACUGGAAAGGGAAGAGGAGGAGAGAAAGAAAAGGCUUCAGUUAUACGUGUUUGUGAUGAGGUGUAUCGCUUAUCCUUUCAACGCAAAACAGCCCACUGACAUGGCCAGACGACAAACGAAAGUAACAAAACAACAACUACAAACAAUAAAGGAUAGGUUUAACGCAUUUCUCAAUGGUGAAACAAGUAUCGUUGCUGAUGAAGCAUUUACAAAUGCAGUGCAAAGUUAUCAUGAAGUCUUUCUUAAGAGUGACCGUGUUGCAAAUAUGGUUAAAAGUGGUGGUUGUUCUGCAAAUGAUUUUAGGGAAGUGUUUAAAAACAAUAUUGAAAAAAGGGUAAGGAGUUUACCUGAAAUUGACGGAUUAAGUAAAGAAACAGUUUUAAGUUCAUGGAUGACAAAGUUUGAUGCAAUAUUUAGAGGGGAGGAGGAUCCGAGAAAGCAACCCCAAAGGAUGACAACAGCAGCAUCUGAACUGAUUUUAAGCAAGGAACAACUUUAUGAGAUGUUUCAAAACAUUCUCAAUGUCAAAAAAUAUGAACAUCAAAUUUUAUACAAUGCAUGUCAGCUGGACAGUGCAGAUGAACAAGCUUCCCAGGUACGCCGAGAGUUGGACGGGAGACUGCACCAGGUGGAACAAAUGUCCAGGUUGAGGAAGCACCCAAAGUUUGUGGUGAAGGAGAUGGAGAGUAUGUACGUUGACGAGCUGAAGUCUGCCAUCAAUCUGCUCAUGGCCAAUCUAGAGAGCCUGCCAGUCAGCAAGGGCAGCACUGACUCCCGCCUACAGAAGCUUAAACGCUACAACAGGACACAUCCCUCUUCACUAUCCAAAAUGGAUAUAUCAGAUGACACGGAACCUGGACUGUCUAAACUAGACGUGGUCCUGUCCUUCACACUUGAGGUACAUGUUGUAGAGGUCAAAGGUCUACGUUCCCUGGCCAACAGUAAAAUUGUCUACUGUACCAUGGAGGUGGAAGGGGGAGAAAAACUGCAGACUGAUCAGGCUGAGGCCUCCAAACCAAGUUGGGACACCCAGGGAGACUUUACGACUACACAUCCUCUGCCUAUCGUCAAGGUGAAGCUGUACACAGAAAGCUCAGGCAUGCUCAGUCUGGAGGACAAGGAGCUUGGCAAGGUUGUUAUCAGGCCUACAGCCAACAGUGGACGUAUGGCUGAGUGGUACCGUAUGCAGACAAACAAGAACUGCCCUGAUGAUCUCAAGAUCAAAAUUGCAGUUCGAAUGGACAAACCACAAAACAUGAAGCAUUGUGGAUACCUCUAUGCUGUGGGAAAGACUGUAUGGAAGAAAUGGAAGAAAAGAUAUUUUGUUCUUGUACAGGUGUCACAGUAUACAUUUGCCAUGUGUAGUUACCGGGAGAAGAAACCAGACCCUACAGAGAUGAUGCAGCUGGAUGGAUUUACUGUGGACUACUGUGAACCCCUCCAAGAUGUUGAGGGUGGAAGAUACUUCUUUAAUACCGUCAAGGAGGGUGACAAUGUGACAUUUGCUGCCGAGGAUGAGAAUGAACGGACACUGUGGGUACAGGCAGUUUACAGGGCCACUGGACAGACGCACAAACCUGUGCCACCAGUCGUACAGACGAACAAGAUCUCAAACACCCAGAUCUCUCGUAUGCAGGGGGAUGCUGAUCGUGCCAGAAAGCAUGGCCUGGAUGAGUUUGUUCAGGCAAACCCUUGUAUCUUUGACCACCAUGAGUUGUUCACAACACUGCAGGUUCUGACACUAGACUACAGACUCAAUGAUGCCUACACCUGUCUGGGCUGGUUCAGUCCUGGUCAGGUGUUUGUACUAGAUGAGUACUGUGCCAGAUAUGGUGUCCGUGGCUGUCAUCGCCACCUGUGUUACCUGAGUGACCUGUUGGAGCGGGCAGAGCAGGGUGUGAUGAUCGACCCUACCCUCAUACACUACAGCUUUGCAUUCUGUGCCUCGCAUGUCCAUGGAAAUAGACCUGAUGGAAUAGGCACCGUCCUGUUAAGAGAAAAGUCAAAAUUUGAUGAGAUCAAAGAGAGGCUAAGGAUUUUACUGGAAAAUCAGAUCACUCACUUCAGGUACUGCUUUCCAUUUGGAAGACCAGAAGGGGCACUGAAGGCAACUCUGUCACUUUUAGAGAGGGUUUUGAUGAAGGACAUUGUGACACCCGUUCCACCAGAAGAAGUACGGAAUGUCAUCAAGCUUUGUCUCGAAAAUGCUGCUCUGGUAAACUACACGAGAAUUUCGGAAUAUGCAAAGAUCGAAGGAAGAAAAGAAUCGUACAGUGACGAGGUGACACCCAAAAAAAGGCUAGAUGAUGUAUUACACCUGGCUGAGCUCUGUAUUGAAGUCCUUCAGCAGAACGAGGAGCAUCAUGCUGAGCAGUUUGUCGCGGCAUUUGCAUGGUUUAGCGACCUGCUGGUAGAACAUGCCGAGAUAUUUUGGUCCCUGUUCGCAGUUGACAUGGAUGCAGCACUAGAAAUGCAACCUCCAGAUACAUGGGACAGCUUUCCAUUGUUUCAGUCCCUCAACGAUUACCUCAGGAACGACGAGAGUUUAUGCAAUGGAAAAUUUCACCUGCACCUGAGAAAUGUUUUUGCACCACAAGUGGUACGCUAUGUUGAUCUCAUGGAAUCCUCAAUAGCACAAUCCAUACACAAGGGCUUCGAACGGGAAAAGUGGGACCCUCAGGGAAAUGGAUGUGCUACCUCUGAAGACAUGCUAUGGAAGCUGGAUGCUCUCCAGUCAUUUAUACGGGACUUACAUUGGCCGGAAGAAGUGUUUGCCGAACACCUUGACCACAGACUCAAGCUGAUGGCAGCAGAUAUGAUAGAGGCUGCAGCUAAACGCACACUGAAAUCAUUCGAAGCUUGGCUGAAGAAAGGUGGGAAGGGCACAGAUUACAUUACGUAUGCUGAAAUGUGUGUUAUGAUGAAUGUCAUCAUUGAUUGUAAAAACAGGGCCUUACAUCUUUGUGCACUGGAUAGUGGUGAAAACAUGCAUCAGUACCACACCAAAAUAGAAGAAUUUCUGGACCGUGUCCAGAUGCAGAUGGUCAAAUGUCUCAUUGAAAAGUUUCUACAGGUUAUGGAAUCGGUCUUUGCAAAGUUGGCUCGAUAUGAUGAGGGGACUUUUUUCUCUUCCAUUUUGUCUCUCACAAAACCAGUGAAUGAACUAGGAAAAUCUUAUGUAGAUUUCAUGAGGGGCAAUCUGGAGCAACUUCGACAAAAGAUCGCUGAUGAACUAUUCACAUUAUCAAUAUUUGAGCAAUGGUACACAGGUCAGAUGAAGAUGAUUUGUGAUUGGCUGACUGACCGGCUUGACCUCUCCCUACACGUGUACCAGCUGACAUGUGUGAUGACCAUAAAUAGGAAAUGUUUCUCUGAUUUUGAACUGCAAGGUGUGCCAGAAAGUACACUGAAUACCAAGACUUAUCAGACAGUGUGCAGCCGCCUGCAGGUGGAGGAAGCCACUCAGUCUGUUACUCAACCAGAAAAUAGUCGUACCGCUCGCUUCCUUGGUGGAGGUGGGGCUGGCAGCAGUAAUGCCAGCAACGCAAGUGGUGAGGAGUCCGACUACUAGGAUAGAACAGCCAGAGGGUAGUCAUACUGCACGCUUCCUAGGUAGGGGCGAAGCAAGCAGCUGUAAUUCCAGCAAUGCAAGUAGGGAGGAGUCUGACUACUAGGAUAGAACAGCCAGAGGAUAGUCAUACUUCACGCUUCCUAGGUGGGGGUGGGACGGGCAGCAGUAUUGCCAGCAAUGCAAGUAACGGGGAGUCUGACUACUAGGAAAGAACAGCCAGAGGGUAGUCAUACUGCUCGCCACUUCCAAGGUGGGGGCGAAGCAAGCAGCUGUAAUUGCAGCAAUGCAAGUAGUGGGGAGUCUGACUACUAGGAUAGAACAGCCAGAGGGUAGGUGUAACGCUCACUUACGGGGUAGAGGCAAGGCAGGCAACAGCAAUGCAAGUGGAGUCCAACCACAAGAGAAGAACAAUGGAGACAUGUUUUCUAAGACUUCUGUUGUCAGAUUUUCUGGGUAUGCUGAAAUGAAUGUCUUUAUGAUGGGCAUGGUGUAAUAUUUAACAUAACACAGCCGAUGAUAUCUGUCAUUGGAUAUUGUUAUAUAAAAAAAAUGUGGACUUUAUAAGAUGUCUCUUAAUUUUUUAAAACACAUGGCAAAAGUAUCAGGUCGGCUAGAAAACGAUGUAAGGGUCAUAGGUUAUCUAAGGUCAAAAAGUCACAGAUCAGACAACGGCACAGUUUAAGGGGUGUUAUAAGUCAGAAAAUUUUUUGGCAGAAUGGUUAUAAUGCAGAAGAUGGUCACAGUGCAGGAAGUUGUAGGAUUUGCAAAUAUCGUGUCACAGAAAAGAGGUGAAGGUCAAUCAAUCUAGAUAAGCAGGACUACUAAAUGACUGGUCUCAUUCACCUUUCAUAGCCAUACUGAUCACAGUCGCGGUCAGGAGAGGGAUAAUUAUAUCAUGUGAGGGCACGUAUCAUUUUCCUAGAUGUGUUUCGUGAGAACAGUUAACUUAUGUAUACAACCUAAAGUAGAUGAUAUUUGACAAGUCUGUACAACAGGAUUGUAGAAGGGACUGAUAAUAGAAAAAAACUGAUUAUUGAAGAGAAGUAAACUUUCCAUCUCUUUAUGGUCAGUAUGCUGCCAGGGAUCAUUUGAGUAAACUGGUGUGUAAAAAAUUAAACAUCCUUAGAUUAGAGGACAUUCUAUUCCUAUGAAUAAAUGAUUUUGUGAAAUGCAAUUUCUGAAUUAUAUUACAUUGUACAAUUAUUUUCUUUAAAAUUCUAAUUUAGGAUUAUUAAGAUUAUUAUGGUCGUGGAUGUAUAUUUAGUCUCCUGUAUCUCUCACUUUUUUAACCAAUGGAUUUUAACUUGAUAUUAGAAUGCAUUUAUUCCUGUGAAAGACACUGGUCAUAUGAAGAUACUUUUGUAAAAUUCUUAUGAUACUUGCUGUCUUAGUAAAGCAUAUACUUAGCUUUAGGAACAAAUUUGUUAUAUGAUCUGAUGUUUUGUCUAUCUCACACAUACUUAAUUUCACAAACUGACCAUUCCAUAUGUACUACUGGGGACAUUAAUUCACAUUUCAUUUAGCGUGAAAUGUCUUCCAUAACAUAAAAAUCAUAGGUGUGAUAUACUUGCAUUCGUAUUCAAUAAUUUUUUGCAAUUUACACAAAAUAGAUAAUAUACAUAUUUACAAUUUCAUUGUAUGUAAUGAUUGUUCAUCUUGUAUAUCUACUGGUUUCUCAGCGUGUGUAAAUAUUUAUUGUAUGUAGAUAUGUACCGUAGGUUUAAGUCGACUUACAGAUACAUAUGUAUAUAUACUAGCUCCCUCGAUACUUGUGCUCAGGUUGAAGCUUUGCUCUAGUACAACACCAGGACAGAUUUAAUGAUUAUCUACAUCAUAUGACAGUAUGCAAUGUAUAUAUUUUGGUGAAAUAACAUUAUACUCUGUUUUUUUUUUUGUUUUUUUUGUAAUUCUGGAGUUCAAAUAACAAUGAAACUCAGAAGUGACAAAAUUCUGAACUGAUUUUUUUUAAAAGCGAAUUCCAUUAAAGUUUUUUUUUUUUUUAACAUUUUCUUCGGGUAAGUUAUAUCAAUAGAAGUUCUUAUUUAUAUAACACAACCAGUAGAAGAUUUGAGUGUGACAUUUUGAUGACUACAUGAUCACCUUCAUCAGACAAAUGACCACUGUUAAGAGUUCUAGUUCUGACGUACGUAGUGUACAAGAAGGUCAGGACUUGACCAACUUUUUUCGACUGUGCUAGAAUCCUUUGUAUACGAAAGUCAAAAAUAGUGUGACAAGAUGGUGAACAAACUAUAAAAAGUACACAAGAUGGUAACAAUGUAUUAAAGUCAAUUUUGCUAUGCUUUGUUUAACUCUUGGUCAUAAGUGUGCGUAGUUCAAAUCUUCUACUAGUUGUAUUUUCUAACUCUAUUGUAGUAAAGUUAUUUGUUUUCAAUCUUUUUACAAUACUUAGAUGGAAUAGUUUUUCACUAACCUGGAUGUUGGGUUGGGUCUAACUUCCUCCAUGAGACAAGAGAUCGAGUGUGAGAACUGAGUUAUAGACUUUGUAACCAUGAGGACAUAAUUGUGGUAGAAUGAGAAUCACUUUCACGUUAUGGAUUUUUCUAAAGAACAUUAAGUAUUUAUUUAUAAUUUGUGAAUGUUAGUUGAGCUAUGUAGAAUGAGAUUUUUUAGAGAAUGUUUUAUGUUAUCAUGACAAUAUUAUGGCAAAGAUGUGUUUUUAUCAUUAUCAUCAGAGUUUUCCAUCAUCAAACCCACAUUUAGUCAGUAGUAAAACAAGAAUCUCUUUUGCUGGAUGGAUGUAGAACAUGGAUUCUGUUGUAGUUGAUAGCUGAUGAAGUUGAUACCAAAAGGCUUUAUGUUGAAGUUGCGAGCUGGUGAAGUCAAUACUAAACUAUCUUCAGUUGUAGUUGAAAGCUGGUGAAGGCAUUACUAAACAUUUUGAAGCCAGUAAGUCUUGCUGGUCUGAAAAUUGUAUCAACCCAAUAACUAACUUUACAAAACCAAGAAAGGCCAGUGACCAUAUAGAACACAGAUAUUGUUACGUGAUUGAGUUUUAGUUAACACCUGUAGGAUGUUACCAGUAACCUAGAGGUCAGUUUAGCAUUACAAUAUUUACCUAAUAUAGCAACAACUAACUGCUACUGGUUCACGGUUAACUGGACAAAUACUAAACCAUAUACUGUCUAAUAAUAUAUGUAUUUUACCUCAUCAUCUGGUUGAUAAUGUUGUAUACAAAUGAGAUCAUUCCUGGUUAAUAGCUACUGUCUACCAUUCCUAGAACUAUGGUUAAUAUCAUUAUUCCUGGGUAAUAGCUACUGUCUACCAUUCCUAGAAUUAUGGUUAAUAUCAUUAUUCUUGGUUAAUAGCCACUGUCUACCAUUCCAAGAACUAUGGUUAAUAUCAUUAUUCCUGGUUAAUAGCUACUGUCUACCAUUCCUAGAACUAUGGUUAAUAUCAUUAUUCCUGGUUAGUAGCUACUAUCUACCAUUCCUAGAACUAUGGUUUAUUUCAUUAUUCCUGGUUAAUAGCUACUGUCUACCAUUCCUAGAACUAUGGUUAAUAUCAUUAUUCCUGGUUAGUAUCUACUAUCUACCUUUCAUAGAACUAUGGUUUAUUUCAUUAUUCCUGGUUAAUAGCUACUGUCUACCAUUCCUAAAAUUAUGGUUAAUAUCAUUAUUUCCGGGUAAUAGAUCUUCGUAAAAAUUUCAGUGAUUUUCUCUUUUCAUUGACAUUUUUUUGAAAAAGAACAAAAAAAUGUGAAACAGUCUUUUUGUUUUGUUUGACAUUUCAGAAGGAUGAACAAAUAUGAGGCAAUGUAUAUUUCUCCAGCAGAGUUAUCAAGAUUUUAAAAUAGUAAGCAACAGUUAUAAUUGUGAAAUUACUACCAUGCACUUUAUGUCUGUAAAUUAACUUAAAUUUUCCCAUGAUGUAAUCCAUAUACGAUUGUAGACAAGAACAGUAACGAGGAAAAGACUUAGGAAUUCAUUGAAGUAAAACACGUUUUGUUGAAAAUAGCGUCAUUUACAAAAGUUUUGACAAGUUAAUGUUUAAAUUUUGCAAAAUAAUGUUGAUUGUUUAAAAGGAGUACAUUCCGGUGUCACAAUGUUUGAGUUGAUGUACUAAGAUGAAAAUCUUGCCUGACCUUUAAGGCCAUCUGAACGAAUAAAAUAGUUUCUUAUCUUAAAGGGUGAAAAAUCAAGUGAUAUUGUUAGUAUGUAUUCCAAGCAAUAGAAGCCCCAUGGAGCUAUUGUUGUAUUAUCUGAGUUAUAGCCCUUGUUUGUUGACGUUGAAUUUCUGAAUGUUAGAUUUAUAUUGUGUAAUUGUUUUAUUUUGUUGAAUGGUAAUGGUUCCUCCAGCCUUUUCCAAUUGAUCAUAUGUAUGUCUCUUUGUUUUAUGUGUAUUGUAGACACCAAGAGGAUGGAGUUCUUACAUAGCUGAAUGCUUCAGUCACUUUGUAGGAUAUACAGGGUUUAUCAUAUAUAACUAUAAAGGAUGAUCAUCGGAGUGAUUGUAUUUUAUACACUAGGGUUGUCAGUGAAAAUUAAGAGUAUUUGUUCAGUGGAGUGGUAUUUGAAAAGUGUCAAUUUUUUUUUUAGUAUGUACAUUCCAAAGUUAUAUGUAGAAUUCAUAGUUAAAAAGAAAGGAUUUAACUAACGUUAUGCUUUUACUGAAGGGUAAAUGCCUGUGAAAAAACUUUUUGCUUCCCUGCUAGAAACUCUUGAUUAUUGUUCCAGAAAGUUUGCCUCAAGUUUUGAGUUAUAUUGAUUGUGAAUAGCCUUUAAGCAUUUAUAUUUUGAGCUCACCCAGCCCAAAAGGCCAGAUGAGCUAUGUUGUGGCUCAGUGUCCGUUGUCCGAAUGUCAUGGUAUUUGUAGUGGGUUACUGGGAUGAAGCGUGACAGGGGUCAAAUAAGUUAAACCUUAAAACAACUUCUUCUGAUUAACCAAAAGGCACAGAAGCACAAUAUUUUACUGAUAAGUUCCUAGUGUAAUAUCCCAACAAAGCUUUUGAAAAGAAAUUACCAUGACCCAUAUUCAAGGUCAUAGGAAUCAAAAUUCUUCUGACUAACUAAAAGGCACAGAAGUAUAUUUGUCUGAUAGUGUCAAGAGAUCAAGGCUGACAAAUGUUUGGAAAUGACCUUACCCAUAUUCAAGGUCACAUGGGUAUUUUGUCAAAACCUUUAAAUGAUUAGCAGUAUUUUGGUUUAUUGCCAAAAGGUCCAGAAGCAUAUUUGACAGAUGUGUUCUUAGAUGAAGUGUUGUGAAAUGCUUGUGUAUUUGAGAUGAACAUUGAAUACCAGGUGAGUGAUACAGGCCCAUGGGGCCUAUUGUUACUGUAUUUUACUCGUUUACUUCUGGUUGUUUCAUAUUAUUUUUUUUAUUUAUUAAUAUUUUUACUUAUACACAAAUGAAAUCCAAAUAUAUGUAGAUCAUUAUAUGAGAUAUCCUUUUAAUCUCAAUGUUAAUUUCUUUGUUAAUUAAUAUGUCAUUUUUCCUGUAGAUUAACACUGUAAAUGUUGGCAGUUUAGUUUUUUAUGCACCACAACUAUUAGCCUAAGUAAAUUGAAUAUCAUGAGUGUGGCACAAAGCAUAUUUACAAAGUCCUCACCGACUCAAUGUUGAUGACAGAGUUUGUACACAGACAUUCUAGAAAUUAGGAACAUUCUUAGGUUUGAUAAAAAGAAGAAAUGAUAAUAAUGGUACUUUAUCAACUUUUGAGAUAUUCAUGAUAUGGUUUCUCACAGAUAUGCUAGUCUGUUUUGACUUACUCAAUAAAUACUGUAUACAUUAUGACAAAAACUGCCUGCUUAUGUAAAACCAAGCAAUUUUUUAUUUGGUGUGAUGCUAAGAGGGUCAUAAGAUUCAAUUAUUGCAACCAGUUUGGAUUCUAGUUCCAAAUAUUGUUAUAUAUUGUGGGAUUGAAUAAUCUCAUCUGAAAAAAAUUAAUGAAGAAAAUUUUGUGCAAAUUGUUGGAAACCAUGCUGGGUUGAUUAUAUUCACCAUUAUAAAAUUAUGCAAAUUCAUCAUAAUUAGUCAUCGUAUAUAUAUAAAAAUAUAUAUAGUUGUGCAAUAUCCGCUGUCUUCAUUGUUAUGGUGCAAAGUUAUGUGUACAAAUAAACUAACUCUUCAA